CGAGCGCUCCGUGCCGCUCCGUGCCGCCGCGUGCCGCUCGAGAUCUACUAUGCGACUCGCGUGUUGCGCUCGCUCGUGUUGUGGUGCUUUAUGAUGGUACGGCAUGAAAGUGCAAGAUAUGCGGACGUUCCGUGAGCGACGCCCUGCUAGAUUCGCCACCGCCACAAGUGGGCGGAGAGACGGGACGCUUUCUCGGCUGCUCAGCUAGGGUGGUCGCAGGUGGCAGGUGGCGCGCGCGCGGUGGGCAGGGAGUGGUAAUGGAGUUGGUAAUACUGAAAGCGCGAGCCCAACUGAAUCGUCUCGCGUCGGAGCGGCGCGCGGCCAAGCAGCGCCCGGGGCGCGCGGGCGGCGGCGCGCGGGCGGCGGGGCGCGAGCGCGGCAUGGCGCCCGCCGCCCCCGCGAGCGCCGCGCCCUGGCUCAACGCCACGCUGGCCUACAACCUGUCGCUCGCGCGCGUCAACUCCACGCUGGACGACUACGUGCUGCUGGGCAACUCCAGUGAUGAGCACGACAACCAUUGGUUCUGCGCCAAGUGGUCCAGCGCGCAGCAAGACCUCUUCCAGGCUGCAAAUCUUUGCUUCGCGAUCGCAUUCCUGGCGCCCAAGAGCUUCAAGCAGAGCAUACUGGUGCUGCGCGCGCUCAUAGCGGCGGGCGCAGUGCUCAUGGGCAUGUGGGCGGGCGCCGAGGUGUGCGCGCCCGACGUGCUCGCCUGGAGCCUGGCGCUCGUGCUCGUCAACUCUAUUCACACUGUCUUCUUAAUUAUAAGGUUUCUUCCGCCGGCGUUGUCAUUAGAGCUGACAGAUUUGUACCUGAAACUAUUCAAGCCUCUGAAAGUGAAUAAGAAGCACUUUCAGGAGUUGACGCGAGAAGCGAGACUCAUCAGACUAGACCCGGGCGAAGCGUACGCCGUUGAGGAAGUGACGCCAGCUGACGAAAGAUUAUCAAUUAUAUUGAAGGGAAAGAUGCGAGUGAGUUGUGAUGAAACGCUUCUACAUUAUAUACAGCCUUAUCAGUUCGUCGACUCGCCCGAGUGGGAGGCGAACCGGGAACAGUCAGAUGACGUCUUCCAGGUGACGGUGGUCGCGGAGGAGGUGAGCACGUGCGUAUGCUGGCCGCGCAUGCGUCUGGAGCGCGUGCUGCGGCACCGGCCGGCGCUCAAGGUCGUGCUCGACUGUCUCAUAGGUAAAGAUAUAACACAUAAGCUGUACUCGGUCAGCGAGGGGCUGAGCGCCGGCGUGGGGGUCGAGGGUGAAGGCCCCCCAGCGCACCUCACGCGCUCCGCCAGCGUGGACGCCGUGCACGAGGGUGCGCGCGGCCGCCUUCGCAGCGCGGCGUGGCGGGCUAAGUCCACUACACACAAAGGUAGUAUUGCAGGGACUUCGUACUGGCAGCCGAUGGUAGCGCGGCAGUUCCUGCGCCAGUCGCCGUUCAGUCGCGCCGCCCCGCCACGCCUGGUUGCGCAGACAUCAUCCGCGAGUCUGCAGCCCGCACGCCGCAGCCCGCCGCGCCGGCCCGCUUCCUUCCGCCGCGGCCGCGAAGUGAAGUUCGCUGAGGUGGCGCCCGAGCCGGCCGUGUGACGCGGGCCGCGGCUCCAGCCCGAGCUGGUGCCGCUGGUCGCGCCCGCCUCUCCCCCCACGCGGGCCCCUUGACCCCCCGCCGAGCGAACGACGCCCCACACUACUGACUUUUAGACGCAUAAAUGGACUUUCAAAAGCCUAGACCCGAAUUAGAAACGACCUUCAUUUAUCUAUUUAAUGGAUGAAAAGUAGAUUAUACAAAGUGUACUAAAAAUAUAUUGCGAGUAGGUUGCCUAGUAAAGCCUAGCGCGCAUUGAAUCCUAGCCAGUAUUAUAGCUGCGCGCGGUGCGACCUAUAAUAGUAAUAAUAAUAAUAAUUUGGCCAGCGAUAAUAGUUGGGCUAGAAUUUUUUAAACAAUCUCGUCGCAAUAAACUUUUGAUAUAAAACACUUUUCAUACAUUAAACAAAUGGAUGAAGUCGUUUCUAAUUCAGAUCCUCAUAAACGGUUUGAUUUCAUUUCAAAACCAUGUGGAGAUCCGCAAAAAUAUUGCUCGAUAUGACUAGAGAAAUAGAAAAGAACACAAUAGUUUAUGUUUCAAUAUUCUUAAUUUUAUUCUUGAAUAUUUUUGUCCAAUUCAGUCUUUUCUAUUAUUUUAUUGCAUCCCUAUUUAGAAACAAAAUGUAUUAACAGUUAUUUUUUUUCAAUCUGUACUGUAUGUAUGGGGUGUUAAUUUAAAUACUUGCGUAUGUUAAUUUCAUAAAAUUAUUAUUUUUUAUUGAAUUAUAUUUUUGCGGGUCUCUAGAAAUUCCAAAAUCAAUAUAUCGAAAACUAUCGAAGUUAAUUUCGCAAGUUAGAAAUGCUAUACCUAUUUUAUAGAAAAAAAUCGAGCUUCCCAUAUUAAGUGUAUGCGUUCAGUGAAUAGUUUCGUUCGCUCAUAACGAAUUUGUGAAACACUCGAGUGCUCACAACUGAGAAGUGGCUAAAUUAUUGUGACUAGUGAAAUAUAGUGAUGUAUGUACAACUGGACUGCGCAGUGACAGUGUUGAAUUAUUAAAAAGUGUAAUUAUUGUGUGAGAUGUAGACUAAUCUAGUUAGAAUUUAAUGUAUUUUUAUUAUAUCUUAUUUUGCAUAAAUACCGCUCAAUGCUCUAAUUUUUGUACUGUUCAGAUCAGAGAUCGCUAUAGAAAAUGACUGAUACAAUACUCAGCUGUAGUAGACCAAUACAAUGCAGAAGUAAUACAAGCCUAUCUCAUGAAAUUUAUAGCCGAAUGGAAUGGAAGGGCGUUCCAUAUUUUUAAAGACAACUUUUUUUUUUAAUUAAAAUAGAUUUAAUUAAAUUAAAUUAUUAAUUUAAAAAUAUAUUUUUUUAGUUUCAUCUGAUACCGGAUCUCAUUGCAUGUUCAAUACCAACAUACUUUUGAAAAAAAAUACAUCAAAAUCGGUUCAAACACUCAAUUACAACAAAUCAAACCAUUAUAGGGUUUUUAAUAGAGCUAUAUUUUUGCAAAAAAUGUAUUUCUGUAGAUUCGCAAAUCGCUUGUUCUGUGUAAAACCUUGACGUACUGCUUACAACGAAAAACGUCUAAUAUUAAUGACUUUUCAAUUUUAUGUAUCUACCUUAUGGUAGGUAAUAAUAAAAUCAGACUGAACUGUUUUUAUAAGUAGGUAUCUUAGUAACAAAAAAAAACAGUCAUUAAAUAGUAAAAAUGUUGAUAAUGGGCAUGUACCUAACAAUAUUUUUCUGGAUGUUAUAUUAGAUAGCCCCUUUUCGUAAAGAUCAUAAAUCUUUGAGAUAAGUUAAUAUCUUAGAAGACUCGGAUCUUUAUGAAACAUAAUUUAAAAGUGUAUAGUUACCUAAGUAUCCCGAAAUUUAAGAAACAUUUUAAAUACAACUGACCCAACUGACACGGGUUUCAAAGAUAUAAUGACGAAUGCAUCACUGCUACAAGCAAACUGUUCACAACUUUUAAUGUAUUAUCAGAAGUGCACAAUAUAAGAAUUAAUAUUUCACAUACAAGCCAAACUUACAGCUGAAGCUUUUAAUGGUCACUUUAUACGUCAUACGCGUGAAUCAGAUGGUAUACUUUCGAUGAAAAACUCAAUGAAAACGAAAAAUUUUAUAUUAAAAAUGUAACAACUUUUUUCUCUGUAUUUAUAAUGUUUAUCUUUUGAAAUCUAUCAACUUUCGUUUGGACAUCGUGCUCUAAAUUACGAUAUAUAUACUC